AUGUUCCGGGCCCAGGACCCCCAGAUCCUCCCGCUGCUCCCACUGACUCACAGAAAGAAGCCACUGCCUGGCAGCCCCACCCCCGCCCCAGACCAGCUGGCUGGGCCAGGGAAGAGGAAGACGGCAUCCCCCAGAAGAAGCCUGUCUCGGGUGCGAGACUGGAUUGGCACCUCCCACAGCAUCACUAACCUGAGCCAAAAAAUCAGCUUCGAUGACCAGUGGGCUUCUGACUAUGAUACAGGUGUGGCCAUCCUGGAUCGCCGAGCUCCCUGCCUGGCCGUGGGCUGCCUGGCCUCGGCCUUGCCCUCCCCUCCCCAAGAGUCUCUGCUUCUAGAUGUGGCCGGAUUCUGCACCCUCCAUGGGGUAGAGGGCAGCCAAAGUAUGCUAGAGCUGGCCAAGAGGCAAGGCUUGUGCCAACAGCUGAGCCUCUGUAUCCUGGGCCCAGAGGCCCUGCCUGCCCCUUCAGAUCAUUAUGAUGCAGUGAUGGUUGUUGGCACCCUCAGUGAUGGGCAGGUACCAUACAGUGCAGUGUCUGAGCUCCUCCCGUCACUAAGUCAACAUGGAGCCCCUAUCCCUGACUUGAAGCAAAACCCUCCAGUACCAGGGGGUCUGGUAUGUCUCACCACCAGAGUCAACUCUUCAAAUCUGCCCUACGCAGAGCUGGCCAGACUGGAGCAGGCUGGGGAAUGGAAGCAAAUUCUAGUCCACACUGAGGAUUGGUGGAAAUGGGUUACAUCAGAGAAAGAGGCUACAGGCUCUGUAAGCAGCAACUGUGGCUUCAUCCCUGGGGUUAUCUACCUCUAUUAUAAGCAGGAAGCUACCCCAGCCAAUGCCAUUGGGGUCUAA